AUGAUGCGUUUUAAGUAGUUAUAAGUGGCGUAAGUGCGUCGUAUUGUAUUUGUUUUAUUACAUAAUUAUAGAAAAUAAACAACGUAAAGAUUGAGGCUUUCACAACGGCUUUGUCAUCCGCUUUCAAAGCGUACCUGACUUGCGGGCUUGCCCGCUGGGCUAUCUCAGCCCAAGAAAGCAGAGAAAUGUCAAUCCGGACGGUGGUUCAUCGUCUCGUGCAAAAUGGUCGCAUCGUACUGCGCUCAUUACGAAAUAACGAGCGCUUCCAUUCGAAUAGAUAUACGGACAAACACCUCGACAAGAUACACGGUGCACAGAUAGACAAAUCCCAGAACAGUGGUCUUCUUUGCCAAACUAGUGGCAAUGUAUGGAAUACAAGAAGACAUCUUGGUUAUUUGGGAACACACGCUCGACGUAUCUUUGUUGACAAUAUUUUGAAAAGGGUGACCAACAGUCUCGCAGCAGAUUUACGAAGACGUACAGCGAGUAGACUUGUUUUUGGUGAUUCCGCGCCAUUUUUUGCUCUUGUUGGUAUAUCAUUAGCGUCAGGUACAGGAAUAUUGACAAAGGAUGACGAACUGGAAGGAGUAUGUUGGGAAAUUCGGGAAGCAGUUUCGAAAUUGCAAUGGAAUUAUAUGCCUGAAAACGAUCAAAUUGUUCAAACUGAUGAGAAUACUGUAACGUUACAAAAUUUUGUAAUGGGACCUGUAAUUGCUAAAGGUUGUUCUGCUGCUGUAUAUGCAGCACGAUUUGUAAAUACGUGGAACGAAGAUAAUUCAAUGGAUAUUGAAGUUAAGACGCAAGAUUCAAAUGAGUUUCCAUUAGCUAUAAAAAUGAUGUUCAAUUAUGAUGCAGAAUCCAAUGCUGCUGCUAUUCUAAACGCCAUGUAUAGGGAGACAGUACCAGCUAGGAAACAUUAUAGAAAUAAUAACUUGACUACUUGGGAGCAAAAAUUAACAGAAAAUAAAAUCAUACUACCAUCUCAUCCAAACAUUGUGGCAAUGUAUUAUGUCUUUACUGACAUGAUACCAGUAUUACCUGGUUCUUGGAGAAUGUAUCCUGAUGCUUUACCAAGUAGAAUUAAUCCUCAAGGAUCGGGCAGAAAUAUGAGUUUAUUUUUGGUGAUGAAAAGAUAUGACACCACUUUGAAACAAUAUAUAACAAGUCGAAACGUUGAUACGAGAGUGUCAAUAUUAUUGCUCGCUCAGCUUUUAGAAGCAGUAGCUCAUAUGAAUGCAAAUGGCGUAGCGCAUCGAGAUCUGAAAAGUGACAACAUUUUACUCGAUCUGUCAGAAGAGACUGAUAAUUCUCCGUCUCUAGUUGUGACAGAUUUUGGUUGUUGUCUAGCCGAUAAAACUCACGGGUUAUAUCUGCCUUAUAAUUCUCAUGAUAUCAAUAAAGGCGGUAAUAUUGCACUGAUGGCACCAGAGGUGAUAACAGCAGAACCAGGUCCUUUUACUAAUAUAAAUUAUACUAAAGCUGAUCUUUGGACAGUAGGAACUAUAGCAUAUGAAAUAUUUGGGAUGCAAAAUCCAUUUCAUGGCAAAAAAGAUGAGAAAGCUGUUUUAAAUAAUUAUCACUAUACUGAAAACGAGCUUCCUGCUUUGCCAGACAGUCUCCCACAUAUUAUCAAUAUUGUUAUAAAAAAUGCAUUGUCAAGAAAUUUGUAUAAGCGACUCGAUAGCGAAUUAGCGGCAACUAUAAUGCAACUGUAUCUAUGGGCACCUAGCUCAUGGUUAAAAAAAAGUGAGGGACGGUUACCAUCCAGCAAUGAGAUUAUGCAAUGGCUUUUGUGCUUAACCACAAAAGUUCUUUGUGAAGGACGGAAAGAAAAUUUGCUCCUGUCUUAUGAAUCGCAUGUUGAUACAAACGAUAUCAAUAGACAUAACGCAUAUAAACCAACACCUUCGAAGCAUUUUUAUGGAAGGCGCACAAUGCCAGAAUAUCAAUUAAUUGCAAGCUUUCUUAGCAGGGUAACGCUCACUAAUGUUAAAAAUUCACUAAAAUGGAUACAACGAAAUAUAUAACUAGUGUGUGUAUAUAUAUAAAGCACCAAAAAUUCAGCCCACUUUUGCACAGAAAUUAUCGUCAGUAUAUAUAGAAUAAUAAUUUAGAAAUCUGACUUGAUAAAUUCAGGAAUACUUUACCCCUAAGUUUCUUUUUUCUAUUCUUUUUGCUUGGUUAUUUUUAUAAUCGAUUUCCAAUAUUUAAUUUGAUACUUCAAAAAACACAAAAGGGCAAAGAAGUAAUUUA